AUGCCCGCAUUGGUGUCCGGCGGAGCAACCGCGACUAGCUCAGUCGAGCUAGUCUUGUUCGCACCGCUGCGGCGUCGGCGGCAUCCCGAAGUCGAGACGACGUCGCUGUCAGUCGUCCUCAGCUGCCACGCCAUCAUUGCUGUCGCUAUCAUAUUGACUCUCGGUGCUGCGCCGUCCGCCUUGGGUAUGCUUCGUCGCUCGCUUGUGCCCGACCUUCAAACCCGACUGGACCGUCAACGCCUACCUGGCCAGCUCGGCAGAUCUCCGACUCUUUUCUCGAAAGCACGUUAUCUCUCGGCACGCUCCGAGCAACCACGGGGUCGUUUCGCCAUGGCAUCGCCCGUCAUCACCCAGCGAGGCGAUCAUCGACGCAGCCGGAAACUCGCACUGGCACACGCCAACCUCGGAAGCUUGCCACGUCCGUCCUGGAGCCCCCGUCUCUCGUUGAAGAUGGUCACUGUGCCCAUCUCGGUACUCGGACGCACUGCCGGCGCACUUCGGACGUCCGGUACGGCGUCGUACACUCGUCAGGCGCUGAAGCUGACACCUAGCGCCAUCGCUCGCACUGCAUUCGCCCGUCACCUGUCGAUCUCGCCAUCGGUAGCCAAAAUGUCGUCGACUCCCUACAAGGUCAUUCACACCACCGAGGCGCCCGGCGCCGUCGCGCCCUACUCGCAGGCGGUCGUGCACAACGGCGUCGCCUACGUCUCGGGAUGCAUCCCCUUCACCCCCGAGAUGAAGCUCGUCGAGGGCGGCAUCGAGCAGCAGACCGAGCAGGCGCUCUCCAACCUCUUUGCCGUCGUCAAGGCGGCUGGCUCCGACCCUUCGCACAUCCUCAAGUGCACCAUCUUCAUGAAGGACAUGGCCAACUUUGAGAAGAUCAACGCCAUCUACGAGAAGCGCUUCGCUCCUUACAAGCCCGCCCGAUCCGCCGUCGAGGUCUCGCGCCUGCCCAAGGACGUCGGUGUCGAGAUCGAGUGCAUUGCCGCUGUCAAGGCCAACCUCUAA